CGUAGCUUGUUGGGCUGGAGAGUUCGCGGCGAUGGCGACGACGGCUCGGCGCUGGAAGGGGACGCGGUGAAGCUGGCCUCGGCCCGGAUAUGACUAGUGUCUAUUUGUUCGAGGUUGCUUUGCUGCUCAGUAAUUGCACGGACUUCGGAUGACUCUUUGGCUUUUAACUUCUCAGCACUCAUUCCACUGAUUUCCAUGUCUUGCUUGUGAGGGUUUCCAAACAGGAUCACCAGAACUGCUUAUUGCCAUCGCUGAUUGUCUGAGAUUGAUCCAGACCAGAGUUCCUUGUUGGGUGACCAACACACCUUUACAGGGACCAUGGAGGAGGAGGGGCAGCAGAGCCUGGAGUGUAUCCAGGCCAAUCAAAUCUUCCCCAAGAAGUCCCCUGUCCUGGAGGAGGAAAACAUGCAGGUGCCCUUUCCUGAGCUGCAUGGGGAGUUCACAGAGUAUGUGGGGAGAGCAGAGGACGCCAUCAUCGCAAUGUCCAACUACCGCCUACACAUAAAGUUCAAAGAGUCUGUUGUCAACAGUUGUUGUUGUGAGGUGUCAGUCCCUCUUCAGCUCAUUGAGAGUGUGGAGUGUCGGGAUAUGUUCCAGCUUCACGUCACCUGUAAGGACUGCAAAGUUGUCAGGUGUCAGUUCUCCACCUUUGAGCAGUGUCAGGAAUGGUUGAAACGCCUGAAUGUGGCAGUGCGCCCUCCCUCUCGCUUGGAAGACCUCUUCUCUUUUGCCUUUCACGCCUGGUGCAUGGAGGUGUAUGCUGGUGAGAAGGAGCAACAUGGCGAGCUGUGCAGACCAGGUGAACAUGUGACUUCAUGGUUCAAGAACGAAGUGGAGAGGAUGGGCUUUGACACUCAAAACGCCUGGAGGAUAUCUGACAUCAACAGCAAGUUCAGGCUUUGCCCUAGCUAUCCUCAGCAACUCCUCGUGCCAGCCUGGAUCACUGACAAGGAGCUGGAAAAUGUGGCAGCCUUCCGCUCCUGGAAGAGGUUUCCUGCUGUGGUUUAUAGGCACCUGAGCACAGGGGCUGUUAUCGCCCGCUGUGGCCAGCCAGAGGUCAGCUGGUGGGGCUGGAGGAAUGCCGAUGAUGAACACCUGGUCCAGUCCAUUGCCAAGGCCUGUGCUGUGGACAGCAGCUCCCGCAAACAUCUCUCCAACGGCAACUACACCAAUGGCUCUGACCUUCCUGAUACUGAUUUUGAAUCCUCCAUGACCAACAGCUCAGAGGUGGAGACACUGGCCAUCCAGCCCCACAAGUUACUGAUUCUGGAUGCCAGGUCCUACGCUGCUGCUGUGGCUAACAGGGCCAAGGGAGGAGGCUGUGAAUGCCCAGAGUACUAUCCCAACUGUGAGGUGGUAUUCAUGGGAAUGGCGAACAUCCACUCCAUCCGCAAGAGUUUCCAGUCUCUGCGUUUCCUCUGCACUCAGAUGCCUGAUCCAGCCAACUGGCUUUCUGCACUGGAGAGCACCAAGUGGCUACAGCACCUGUCCCUGCUGCUGAAGGCGGCUCUGCUGGUGGUCAACGCUGUGGACCGGGACCACAGACCCGUUCUGGUGCACUGCUCUGACGGCUGGGACCGCACACCUCAGAUUGUUGCUUUGUCCAAGCUACUGUUGGACCCUUACUAUCGCACUAUUGAGGGCUUCCAGGUUUUGGUGGAGACAGAAUGGCUUGACUUUGGCCAUAAAUUUGCUGACCGCUGUGGCCACGGGGAAAACUCAGAGGAUCUAAACGAACGUUGCCCUGUCUUCCUGCAGUGGCUGGACUGUGUUCACCAGCUGCAGAGGCAAUUCCCAUGCUCCUUUGAGUUUAAUGAGGCCUUCCUGGUGAAACUGGUGCAGCACACCUACUCCUGUCUGUUCGGCACCUUCCUGUGUAACAGUGGUAAGGAGAGAGAGGAUCGCCAUGUUCAGGAGAGGACCUGCUCAGUCUGGUCACUGCUCAGACCAGCCAACCGCACACUGAGGAACAUGUUGUACUCCUCCCACUCCGAGAUCGUACUCCACCCAGUAUGUCACGUACGGAACCUGAUGCUGUGGACAGCGGUCUAUUUGCCCAGUUCCUCCCCCACAACUCCUUCCGAUGACUCCUGUGCCCCCUACCCUGUGCCUGGUGCAAAUCCAGAAGAUGCGCCCCUGGGCAGACGUACGAAGACUCGCUCUUUUGACAACUUGCCCAGUGCAUGUGAGCUGGGAAGCUCGCUGGCUCCCAACCGCCGCUCCAGUGACCCGAGCCUCAAUGAGAAGUGGCAGGACCACCGACGCUCUCUGGAGCUCAACAUGGCAGUGGGGCCCGAGGGAGGGGGGAACCAGGAUCAGGAGGCGCAGCCUAAUGGAGUCGGGCCUUAUCCAGAUGAACCAGACUCUGAACUGGAUGACAGCCCACAGUCCCAGGGCUUGCAGGCUGAACUCAGACAGGAGGCUUCUAUGAAUCCUGCAGGAGAGGAAGCAGAGGAGGCGGAGCUCUCUGUGGCGGUGGGUGUGGCCGAGGGCCAAAUGGAGAACAUUCUUCAGGAAGCCACGAAGGAAGAGGCAGGAGCCGAUGCUCAGAGAGAGGGAAGUGCUACUUUCGCUCAUGUUGUCUCUGCUGGUGACACAGAGAUGGAGAUGGAAGCAAAAGUUGAGGAGGAGCAUCAGUUGGCAAAUGCCAAUGGGACUGAGAUCCAGAGAGAAAUAUUUACGAAUGGUCACCAUCCAGAAAAUGAGGACGAUGGUGACUCACCCACUCUGCCCACACAGAAGGAAGAUGAACUGGAUCAACAGGCAGCUGAGGAGACUCAGAAAUCAGAAGAUGUAGUGAAGCAGAAUGUAGAGAACUCUUCUGUACAAGAGGAGCUUGCACAUGGACCCAGUGAGUCUGGCUCAGGUGAGCCAGAGCAGCCUGCAGCCCAUAGAACUAUAACUAAUGGCUUUGUGGACAGGUCACCUGAAGAGCCAGGCAUGGAUGAGGAGAACUCUCCAGACUCUGAAUCUGACCAUGGUGUGUCUGAGCCAGUGGAACAGGUGGAUAAGAGGGCCUCCCUGAUGGAGAGCUCCACAGAGACUUUAACUGAGGAAGCCUGCAGCAGGCUGGAGCUUCCAGCACAGCCGCCUGUUUGUCUGAACCGGCAACCCUGCAGUGACAGCAGGAGCCAGGUCCCCUGCUCCAGAAAGGAGAAGGGGCUGGAGACAGGUGAGCACAGCUUUAUCAGAACUUUAAAUGGGGGCUGCAAGCGACCCUCUGUCAGUGCCUUUCAGUGUCCGAGUGCUGACUUUAGCAGGGAUGGGCUUUGUAAUGGUGACAGCACAGAUGGGGAUCCCUGCGGAGGACCUCACUGGGCCAAAGGGAACGGGGAACGGGCCCCUCUGAGUAGACAGGUAUCCCUAGCAAGCUGCAACUCCCUGAUUCUCCACCCGCGGGGCAGCUGCUCUCAGCACCGGUGGUGCCAUGCCCUGCAUGGCCGUGUAGCCAUCAGCCCGGAGCAGCCGUCCCGUAGCCACUUGGAUGACGACGGGCUGACCCUUCACACAGAUGCCAUCCAGCAAAGGCUGAGGCAGAUUGAGGCCGGACACCAGAUGGAGGUGGAGACUCUGAAGAAGCAGGUGCAGGAACUGUGGAGCCGCCUGGAGAAUCAACAGCAUCCCGGCUCUCACAGAAUCAAUGGAGACAUGGGAGACGAAGUGACCUCAAUGACAGACUCGGAGUUCAACCAAGACCCAAACUGUUUGUCGCGCUGCAGCACAGAGCUCUUUUCUGAGGCCAGCUGGGAGCAGGUGGACAAGCAGGACACUGAGGUCACCCGCUGGUACCCUGAUCACUUGGCAGCCCAGUGUUACGGCUGUGAGAGCAGGUUCUGGCUCGCCACCAGGAAGCAUCACUGCAGUGGCAGGGAGCCUGUCCAGGAGGUCUGGAACUGCGGUAAUGUGUUCUGUGCCAGCUGUUGUGACCAGAAGAUCCCAGUGCCAAGCCAGCAGCUGUUCGAGCCCAGCCGUGUCUGUAAGACCUGCUACGGCAGCCUCCAGCUCAGCUCAGCCCCUCUGGACCUGGAGCUGGAGAAACCCAUCACAGCCAGCUCCAACUGAGGUUCAGAGUAGCGGGACGGAGGGGAGCCGGGCUGAGCCGCAAGCCGCUGACAGGCGCACUGCUGAAGAGCGCAGGAGCUACACAGAAUGUCACAUGUACUUUGUGUGUGUGUGUGCUGCAAAUAUGGAAUUUAAUGUGUAUGUAUGGAAGGUGAUGUGUUGGUGAGAUGCCGAGCGCUCUAAACAGUGGGUGUGCACAGGAGUGGGUGGUGUGUAAGAGAGUGGCCACACUGAGGCUUUGUGGCAGUAAUGAACUGCACUCAGAGAGGACUCCACAGAAGAGUGAGAAUGGACAUCCUGGUACCUUGAACCAGGCAGGCAGAGAAGGUCGUCUCACUGUGUUUGCUGAAGUCUCCUGGAACACUUUGGUCUAUUGAAUCUUUUCGCUGCUCAUCAAGGUUCCUCAUCAGACCUCUCAGUACCAUCAUCUCCCAACCUGGAGGCUGUAACAUCAGGAUUGACGAGGAAGCAAUCAUGAGACUGUCCCUCAGCAUUAGAGACGUCCAGAUACUGAGCUGAAGCUCACAAAUGCUGUCAAGCAAAGCUUAAAGGGUCAGUUCAUGCCAAUAAUUUAGAAAUCAUAGUUCAUCAUUUACCUCUUGUGAUACCUACUAAUGUAUCUACAUUUAAUUUUUGUAGGUUCCUGCUGCCACCACAGUAAUGAGUUGCAUUAACUCUGCACUGUUAUUUUCUCUAUGCAUCAGUCUGCAAGUCAUGUUUUCAGUUAAUCAGUUGAUCUUUUUUCUGUGAAAUGUGUCCAUUAUAUUCAAACAGGCCAACACCAAGAUACGAUCACCUUCAAGUUCAGUAACAAUAACAAGUCAGAAUUUUUUACACUGCUGAAGAAAAGAGAUGCAUUUUUGCUUGACUGAUUAUCAGUUAAUUUUCAGUUAUGUGACUAUUCAGUUAUGAAAUAACUAAGUGUUGUUUGUGGCUCAGAGCUCUAACAAAUGACAUUUGAAGUGGUGCUGCAGGGGUUUAGCAUUACAUACACAGCUGGGAGAUUUUCAAAGAUAGAAUUAAACAAGAAAUCUCAAAAUGGAAGCAGUAGAGACUGCUGACUGCAGUGCAGUUCAACGUCCACAGAAUGCAGGAUUUUACAUUUCCUGUGAUGCAACUCAGCACUGCAAGUACUUUUUCCUGGUUGCCGCCCACAUUGUUCAAACCUCUUGGCUUUCUGUCACAAGUUUGUGUUCUUUAGACCUGAUGACAUGACUGGAACUUGAGUUUAUUCAGCUGUGCCCCCUAAAAUCUGCCACAUCUCCUUCCAGUAGACAUCAACUGAUAAGUUUUUUUCAGGUGAUUAGUAGUAAUCAAGGAGCUAGAUAACCUAUAUUUGAAACCAGUGCAUUUGCACUAAAACUGAAUAUCUUUGUGGCAAAAUUCAGAAUAACAUCUCCAAUGCAAAACUUCUUUACAUACAACAUUGCUCUACACUGGAGACUACUGAUAGAAGCAGCCUCAUCCGAACCAAAGUAGCACUUUUUCUAAUUUAUUAAUUUUGUCCAGAAUUGGUUUAAGAAAUAAUGAUAACCAUAAUCACAAAAAAAUCUGAAUAUCUGAUCUGAUUCAAUUCUUACACCGUGUUAUUAUUACAGUGGGUUUUAGGUGAACUGACCCUUUAACAUACUCUGGGCUGAACCUCAACUGAGUAGAUUUGCAUGCUUUGUUUGGUUAUCAGCUUUUCAUGCAGAAGGACACAAACAUUUGCAUGCAUGUACACAAACUUUAAACAGCUCAUUGAUAUAAAGUACAAAAUAUGAGUGGAAAAAAAAUGAACCAUAGAUGGUGUUGGUUUUAAGUUUGAGUUCAGCUGAGAUUCAACCCAGAGUGCAGGCAGGAGACCCUGGACUGUUUUUCUACCUUUAUGUUAACAAAAAUGCUGUUGGGAUGUUUAUAAUGACUUUUUUUCCCCUCCAAAUAACCUGGUUGUUUUCAGUACUUAUCUUGACCACGGUGAGGAGAGUAAAUUAUGGUUUGCUUUUUAAAUGCCCUUGUAAAAAGUCUUACAGCAGAACCAGUUAGAGAAAAGGCUUUAGACUAUCCAACCCUUUAAGAGCCGACGGCCACUCGGCUCUUCCACACUGAUAGACUGUUAUUACUCGUCUGUUAGGAGUGGAAACUGAUGUGCUGUGGCGUUGUCAGUUUGUGUCAGUCAGCAGACUAGCUGCAGGUUGUUUGUGCCCAACGUGAACUGACCGACUGUGUAAUCUCGCCUGUUAGCUAUACCUUCAUGCCCUUCACUCACAGCAGCAGCUCCCUUUUUAUUAUUUUUCACCCAGCAGGCACUGGGAGCUGGAAGCCUCGCUCACUUUUCAGACCUCUGGUGGAAAUCAGAAGUGGAGGUGUGAAUUUCAAUCCGUGGUCAAGUUCUAAAAGCAACUUAAUGUCAUUUGUUUUGAUUACAUUUUUAAUUUCCACCUUGAUUGGCUGAAACAUGGAGGAGAGCAGCGGCAGCAGAAAAGGGCUUUUGGUCUAAAAGUCUGUAACUCCAUAUGAAAUCUGUUAGAGACGCUUCACUGAGACGCCCACUCUGCCUCAUACCAUUCAAUGACCUCCUUGCACACACACUAAUGCAUUUUUUUGUAAAAUAAAUGAAUAAAAUAAUAUAUUCAGAUACCUAUAUAGCAUUUAAGACAAAUGUAUAGAAUCCUUGAAUAGUGGCACACUUAAUUAGUCACCAAAAACUUUUUUUUUUUUAAAAUUUCCUUGUUAAUUGCAGAAAAACUCAGUUUUGCAGCCUGUUGAAGAUGACAGGUGUAUUUUUUUUUUUCCCCUUUUUAAUUUAGAAGCAGGGCGUCCUGUUCUGAUGCUGCAGUGGUUUUCCCUUUUAAAUGCGACCAUUACCUGGAUUUUAUUUAUAAAGGUUUUGUUGUUGAAUUGCUGUCAAAAAAUCCAGACAAUUCAAUUGCCACAGGAUAAUCAGUGUUUCUGAGACAGGGGAGGAGAGGUGAUUCUGAACGGUGGCUGCAGCGACGCUUGUUAUUUCAGGAUAUUUUGUACUAGCCAAUCGCAGGGGAACGUGUGGAUGUAAUAAUUACCUGAAUAUGAAGAGGGGAUGGGGGUGAAAAGUCAGAGGUGUCAUCUAGCAUCAAAAUGAUAAAAAACUGAGUGUGUCUGUAGCUAAUGAGAUGUCUAUGCACUGAGAGAACAUUGGUCCAAAACAAGCAGCGUGAACCCAAAAUAAAAGCCCACACACACAAGCAUUACUCCAAACCCAUCUACAAACACUACCUCUACUUUGUACCCACGCGCGCUCAUGCACACACACACACACACACACUCACUGAUUUUGUAGUUGCUGAGAGCUUUUCACAUUUACAUUGACAAGAAUGGCCUUUUAUUUUUAUUAUUGGAAAUCAGUUUUUCCCCGUUAAGGGUACCACACACGAGCGUAGACUCGCUUCAUAGUGAUCGUUUUUGUUGUUGAGACUGCCAAUCUUAUUAAUCCUUCUCCUCAUCCAGCUUGUCAUGACAACAGCGAGCCCACUUGUGCCAGAUACUCGCUGUGGUUCGUCACACAGGAUGACAAAAUUCAUACUAUUGGAGGAAAUGCAUCAAUUUAUGUGAUCUGUGAUCGACAACGUGAUACUAUUGAAUCAUGUUGGAGCUGUUUUGCUGAUCCUGAUGCUUGCUGUUGGCUUUAAACAUAGUGGCAGAUGAUUGAAGUGCUGUUUAAAGUGGUCAGAACAACAACAGGCGUGAAGUGUUUGUUUUUCUCACUGCCCUCCUGUGGAAGUGGUGUUUAUUUGAACAGCUCAACCUUCAGUCUUUCAGUUAGGGAAAAUAAGGAGAAGCUGUUUGACCCCUUAAAGGAUGAGAUUAUGUCACUUCUGUAAAUUUAUGAAUUUAUAAAAACACUUGAAAUAGCGAUGCCAUGGCAACAUGACUAAGGCAUUACCUUUAAAAACAUUCUUUUUUUCAUUUAUUUUACUGGCAUUAACUGAGCAGCAAAUGUAAAUUUAGUUCUGACUAUAAUCCAAAUCUGUUGUCUCAACAUGUAGAGAUUUAAACUGGAAUUAAUUUUGAAAGAAAACGUUUGCCAACACUUUUAAAAUACAGACCAUCAGAUGUCAGCAAAAUACUGCAAAUCUAAAAAGAUGGCUAACUGAGAUGUGCAAUGCCCCUUUAUGAGCGCUUUCACUCCCUGCAGACACACUGGCAGCAUGACUUCUCACCACCAUCACAGGCAUGUGGGGCACCAAGCUUGUCUUGUUCAACAAUCCAUGAAUGUGAAUUGUCUAAAAGAGAAAAAAAAGGCUAUUUUUUGCACAUUAAGUAGACACUGCCACAGAGUGCAUCAAAAUAAAGCUGAAAACUGAAAGUGUGCUGUGCUGUUCAGUUCAGUAUUGUGAGGAGUGUGAUGAGAGCUGGCGCUGUGGAGGGUUCUGGCUGGAUGUGUGUGGGAGGGUCUGCUAACGUGGGCAUCACUUAACACACAUGUUGCUGUGCUGUUUUUUCUUCCUCCCCCUCCCAAGAAGUUCUCUAGAAUAAGUUGUAUUUUUCUUCAGUCAUGCUGACAUGCUCUAUCAGAGGCAUCACUGCAACGGCCCAGUAAUCACUUGACGUAUGUGUGUAUGUGUGUGUACAUGUGAAUGCAUCAAGCAUUGGUGUGUGUGUGUGUGUGUGUGUGUGUGUGUGUGUGUGUGUGUGUGUCUCUCUUUUGGCAGAGACUGGUGCCAAGCGGUUAUAUUACGGGUCUCUCACAAAGGGAUCACUCGUGCUUUUGUUUGACUUUACUCUUUUUUUCCCCUCCCUUCUGUUUGAUAAGCACUUUGAACUUUCUCAUGUCUGUCAGAGGAGUGUGUAGCUGUACAUAGCCAUUUCCUGUAACAACAAGUGCCCCUUGUUCAGUCUGAAUAUUUUGUUUUGUUGGAUUUACUUUAAAGAGCAUUGCAUUGUUGUAGAAUUAAAGGAAAAAUAAACUAGGUAAACCUA